AUGGCAAAGUCAAAGUAUGAAUACGUCAAGGAGUUCGAGACGGACGACAGGAUGCUCAGGAACGUCUACGUCCUCGUCCGCAUCGACGGAAAGGGUUUUCAUAAGUUCUCACAGACACACGACUUUGCAAAGCCAAACGACGUACGCGGGAUCAACUUGAUGAACCACGCCGCACGAUGUGUUAUGAACGAACUAGACGACAUCCUCCUCGCCUUUGGGGAAUCGGACGAAUACUCGUUCCUCUUUCGCAAAUCGACCGAUCUCUAUCAACGACGGGAGUCAAAGAUCGUCUCGACCGUCGUCUCACUCUUCACUUCGGCCUAUGUCUACUACUGGAAUGACUAUUUCACGGAUCUGAAGCGACCCUUAUACCCACCUGUCUUCGAUGGACGCGCUGUUCUCUACCCUUCAGAGGUCGAGGUCAAGGACUACUUUGCAUGGCGUCAGGCUGACACUCAUAUCAACAACCUCUUCAACACCUCCUUCUGGGCUCUUGUCGAGGAGGGUGGCCUUACACCCAAAGCAGCAGAAGCCAGGCUAUGUGGCACUGAUUCAAAGGACAAGAACGAGAUGCUAUUUACAGAGUUCAACACCAACUACAGCAAACUGCCAGCCAUGUAUAGGAAGGGCAGUGUCCUCUUGCGGGAACAGAUUCUAAAGGACGAGGACAAGGAUGCCAUCAUCCCAACAUUACCAGAGACGUUACCAGGAUCCAAAUCAGCCAAGGUGGUCCCAGCAUUAGAUACAGCAACAACAGUACCCGGUUUGCAGAGUGGUCCAGAUCCAAUCUCAGGAUCCGUCUCGGAGGCACCGUCAGGGCAGUCAUCACCGAUUGCCGUCGACAGCCCAGUCGUAUCACAGGAGACAAUUAUGCAGGAGGGCAGUAGCACCAGUAGCAGUGAGGGCAAGAAGCGAUCCAUUGAUGCAAACGAAGCAGAGCGGCAUGAUGCAGAGGAAGGACCCGCCGCCAAGAAGGAGGCGCCCGCGUUCAAGAGGAUGAAAAAGGGCGUUGUCAUUGAUCAUAUUGACAUUAUCGGCGAGAAGUUCUGGACAGGACGGGGAGCUUAUAUCCUUGCGCCAGAGAAGAAGAAGAAGCUCCGGCCCUAG